AUCAACAAUUUCAGCAGUCCUCUCAAACCAUUCUUUUGAAUUUGGAUGGUUCAUUUAAUUUAAAUUCUCAAAAUACGGCCCUUUCACACCCAGCAACAGUUUCUAUCCCUGUGCCAGGGCCAUAUACAACCAGCAGUGGAGACUUAACUUUGGGAUUUCAGCAGGUUGUUAUCAAUCAUCUUGCAGCAAUUGAGAAGGAACAGAAAGAUAUUCGGGGGCUUCUAACAGAGAUUAAAAGGAAUCAAGAGUCAGGAGUGUCGCCAAUUGCUAGGCCUGUGCUGGAUUUCUCUACUCUUCCUCGAUUUCCAUUAAAUAACGAGGGAGAACUUGGCGCCUUUGAGACACGACUUCAACUUGUGGAUGAAUACAAUUUAUUUGUAAUUGCUUAAUAGUUCAAUUUAGUUCAAAUCAAGUGUAAUUUAAUUAAUGGUGGAUCAUUUUAUAUUUCAUCGUUAAUUUAACAGGUAGAAUAUUUGAUUGGAAUUGGAGGAAAUGACCUCAAGGAAACAGUGACAGAAAUCUUAAAACGUGUUUUCAGUAAAGAAGUGAGAAUUCAACUGAGCUACACUGGAAAGGGGCUGAACAAAAUCUCAUACUCUUCGUUUAUCAAAAUUAAUGACGCUUUAAUCGGUGAGUAUAAACCCUACAUGUAAAAAUAUAUAUGCUUUUGAGUUACCCUACUAAUUAGUAACAUUUUUAUUUUGCAGCGGCAACUAGACGAAACAGAAAACUUGUAAAUUCAUUAGGAGGAAUCACAGAAAUUCAGAUCAAGCAAAUCAUUAUGGACAAACUUCGUUUCAGUCGUAAAUAACUAUUGUGUGGCAUUUUAUAAUAUUGUCUAUGAAGAUUAUAAAUUUAUAGUAGGAAUUAUGUCAGCGAGUAGAAAUAGAAGACGGAUAAUUCAAUCAAAUGUUAUGAAAAUACAACAGGAAAUUCACGAUAAGGUGUUAGCUCAAUCUAAUGUUUCCGAAGAAAUAGAGCAGCCUGCUUUAAUGUUGGAAGAAGAUGAAGUAGGGUCAAACUGUCAGAUAUUUUUACAACCAAAUUCUAAAUUAAAUGAGGUCCCAUUAAUUUUAAAUUCUAAUCUAGUUGAGGGUGACGAAUUAGAAGUUGACUUAAAAGACAGGUUAGCUAAUUGGGCAGUACAGCAUAAUAUUACGUCAACUGCCAUUGAUGAUCUUUUGGGCAUUUUAUCUGCACAUGUGACAGGUUCUAAUUUACCAAAAUGUGCUAAGGGUUUAGUGGGGACUCCAAAAAAUUAUGAAAUUAGCGAGAUUCAGGGUGGUUCAUAUCAUCAUUUUGGGCUGAAACAAAAAUUGUUAUUCUUAUCUAAGGUGUUUACAAUACCAAGGGAUGGAGUGCUUUGGAUAAUCCUAGGAAUUGAUGGAUUACCAAUUAGUAAAUCUAGCAAAAAACAAUUUUGGCCAAUUCUAGGGCGAUGUAUCAACGUAGCGAAUAAUGUCCCAUUUUUAAUUGGUUUAUAUUACAGCGAUAAUAGCAAACCUGUGGAUGUCAGCGAGUUUCUCCAACCAUUUGUAACAGAAUUUAAGAAACUGUCACAGGAAGGAAUAAGAAUUAAUGGUAUUCUUUAUCAAGUUAGACUACAGUGCAUAGUUGCAGAUGCCCCGGCAAGAAAUCUUAUUAAGCAAACUUCAGCAUUUAAUGGUUAUAAUGGUUGUGACCGUUGCAUUGAUAAAGGCGUAUGGUUAGGUCGCGUGGUAUUUAAAAAUUUACAAGCGGAUUUAAGGUCAGAUAUUGGAUUUGUUGGGCAGGAGGACGCCAAUCAUCAUGUAGGUAUUUCCCCAUUAAUUGGGCUAGGCGUUGGCAUGGUUUCUGGGGUUGUUCUUGAUUACAUGCACCUUAUUUGUUUGGGAGUUGUUAAAAAGCUAUUGAAAUGCUGGAAAAGAGGACCCAUGCACAAGGAAGGGAAGUAUACAAUAUAUGAAAUUUCAGAUAGACUGAUUCAACUUAGAAAAUUUGUUUGCUCGGAGUUUAAUAGGAAGCCAAGGCCACUCUCGGAGUUGGAGUUUUGGAAGGCGACAGAGCUCCGAAAUUUCUUGUUGUAUUUUGGCCCAUUUGCUUUAAAGGGUUUACUUAGUUCUGAAAAAUAUGAGCAUUUUAUGGCUUUAAGUAUUGCAACAAGAAUUUUGCUUUCAAAUAAUCGUAAUUGGUAUAAUUACGCCCGACAUUUAAUGUUUGAGUUUACAAAAAAUAUUGGUAAGCUAUAUCAUGAUCAAUUUUUGGUUUACAAUGUUCAUUCGCUAAUUCAUUUAACGGACGAUGCUGAUAAGUUUGGGUCGUUGGAAAAGGUCAACGCUUUUGCUUUUGAAAAUAGUAUGCAGUCUUUGAAGAAAAUGUUGAGGGGAUCGAAAACAAUCUCCAUAUAUCAAAAAAAAUUAACGAUCGUGGUUGUAUUCUAA